AGCCGUCGUCUCGCCAGACAGGCUAUUCUCCAGCUGUUCACUUUGCCUUGCACACUGAGUAACCGCCUCUUCUCUCUCCCUCUUUUCUCUCUCAAAAAACAUUAUUUUCAAAAACACUAAACCCCCCAAAUAGAGAGAGAGAAAGCGAGGAGCUUUAGAACAUUAUUAAACCGGAAAAAGUGUUUAAUGCUCACCAGCCGACUUUGAAAACUCUACUUCUCACUUAAACCUCUCUCCCUCUCUCUUUCUCUGUCUUUUAUUCUUUGCUCACUGCUUCAGUCUCUCUCUAAAGAUGAGUAAACAAGAGUUUAUGAAGGUUCAGACUUGUGUUCUGAGGGUCAAUAUACACUGUGAUGGCUGUAAACAGAAAGUAAGGAAACUCUUGCAGAAAAUUGAUGGUGUGUAUAGUGUAUCUAUAGAUGCAGAACAAGGGAAAGUGGCCGUUUCUGGUUGUGUUGAUCCGGCGAAACUCAUAAAGAAGCUUGAGAAGUCCGGGAAACAUGCCGAGUUGUGGGGCCAUGUUCAAAAGGGCGGUUCGAUUCACAACCAAGUAGGCUUCAAUAACCAGUUGAAGAACAUGAGUAUUGACGGUAAAAACAAGCCUCAAAAGGGAGGGAAAGACCAGCCAAAAGGUGUGCAAGUGCAACACGUGAAAGGUGCUAAUAAGGACAUGGUGAAGGUCCAACCCCCCAAGGACCAGAAAUCCGUCAAGUUCAACCUUCCGGAAGAGGAGUUUGACAUGAGUGAUCAUGAUUUUGAUGAGUUUGGUGAUGAUUUUGACGAUGAGUUUGAUGAUGAUGAUGAUGAAUUUGAUGACGAGUAUGAUGAGGGUGAUGAGUUUGGGCAUGGUCAUGGUCAUGGUUUGCCUAACAAGGGUAUGAUGCCUAACAAGGUGAAUGUUAUGCAAGGGAAUGGAAAUGGGCCUUACGGAAAGAUGAUGCCAAUGAUGGCCCAUGGGCCAUAUGGACCCAAAGGGGGUAUUGAUAUGCAUGCCAUGAACGACAAAAAAGGUGGUGGUGGUGGUGGUGGUAAAAAAGGUGGGGUUAUUGAUUUCCCUCUAGAGGUGAAGGGAAAAGGAAAAGGAAAUAAGGAAGGAAAAGGUGGGGUUAUUGAUUUUCCUAUAGAGAUGAAGGGAAAAGGGGGUGGGAAUAAGGAUGGUAAAAAUGGGAAUGGAGGUAAAAAGGGUGGUGGGGAAGGAAAAGGGGGAGGAGUGAAUGGUAAAAAAAUGAGUGGUGGAGAGAAAAAUGGAGGGAAGAAAAAGAAGAAAGGUGGGUUGCGUGGGCUAUUUGGUUUUGGCAAGAAAAGUAGUAGCAAAGGGGGAAGUGUUUCCAAGAAGGGAAGCAACAAUAAUGGUAGUUUCAGUGGUGAUGAGAAAAAAAUUAGUAAUGGGAAAAAAAGUGAAUGGAAUCACAAGAAGCAUGAGAAUAACAAAAUGAAGAAUGAUUUUGAGAUUGACAUCACUAGUGGUCAUGGCAAAGGCGGCAAAGGAGGUGGCGGUGCUGGGAAAGUGGGCCAGAUGGGUGAUAUGGGCCGGGGCAGUGGGACUUUGGGCCAGAUGGGAAUGGGCCCAAUGGGCCAUGGUGGGAAUGGUGGUAAUGUGGGCCAGAUGGGCAUGGGCCCAAUGGGUGGUUACCCAAUGGGUCAUAUGGGUGGUGUGCCUGCAGUACAAGGCUUGCCUGCACAAGCAAUGAUGAAUAAUGGAUACUACCAAGGGAUGGGGAUGGGGCCUGGGCCGGGUCAUGUGCCUGCCAACCCAUAUAGCCAACAACAGUACAUGGCUAUGAUGAUGAACCAACAGAGGGGCAAUGGGAGUGACAUGUUCCAGCCAAUGAUGUACUCCCGGCCGCACCCCGCAGUGAAUUACGCCGCGCCGGUGCCGUCCCACCCCCCAACGGACUCGUAUACGCACUUCUUUAGCGACGAAAAUACCGAAAGUUGCAGUAUCAUGUAAAUUGCUAGGAGUAUUUUGGUUACUAAGUCAUGCUUUUGUUUGUUACCUCAUGUAUUAUUAUUGCUCUUUUUGGUGCUCUAUAAGUGCAAUAUUUGAAAGUACCAUUGCUUA